UGUACAUUGCCUUCUCGGUUUUUUUUCUACGACUGCCUCCCGUGGUCAAUGCAUAGUUCCUUCGUUAAACCAUUCUCUCUCUCUCUCUCCCUCUCUCUCUCUCUCUCUCUCUCUCUCUCUCUCGCAUGUCUCCCUCUCCCCUGCUCUCGCUAUCUCUCUCCCCCCUUGCCUCUUGUCCGGCCCCCUGAUCUUUCUGUCCAUUGGUUUCUAUGGGUCUAUUUUUCAUGUCCGGCCCCUAAUGAGUGUCCAUUGGUUUUUUUAUUUCCAUUCCCUCCUCCCACUCCCCGGCUUUGCCCUGCCCAUGUUUUGUAUGUCUGUGUCCAUCCAUCUCCUGACGUUCAAGUUCGCGGGGACGUCACGUCCGCACUUGAACUUGCUGCUCAGGGGGGCUUUUGCCAUUUUUUCAUCUCUCUUUUCAAAAAAGCCAUGACGGCUAUCCCACAAUCCAUCUUCUCCGCGCCAUCUUUGUAUUAUUUCUAAUUUAUUUUGGAUGUCAAAGGCAUUGAUGAAGAUAUUUCCUCUGGAGUCUGCCUUCUAACCCGGCUCUCCCGAUGUGAACCGCGCUGAAAGCCACUAGUAACCACCAUGUCUCGCCGCAAGCAAGGCAAACCCCAGCACUUAAGCAAACGGGAGUUUACACCAGAGCCCUUGGUUGCCCCCAUCCAAGAGGAGCAGCAGGAUCACAGGUUGCUUGUCGCUCCGGAAGGGGACCAAGAUCUCCUCACUUGUGGCCAGUGUCAGAUGAACUUCCCCCUGGGAGAUAUCCUAAUUUUUAUUGAGCACAAAAGGAAGCAAUGCAACAGCAGUUUGUGCCUGGACAAGGCUUUGGAUAGGCCACAGUCGCCCCCUCAGACUGAGCCCCGGAGGGCUCCUCGCCCUGUGGAGGUGGGAAUCCAAGUCACGCCGGAAGAUGACGAUUGUUUGUCCACAUCCUCCAGAGGAGUUUGCCCUAAGCAGGAAAACAUAACAGGUAAAGAUGAGCCCAGCAGCUAUAUCUGCACCACCUGCAAGCAGCCAUUUGGCAGCGCCUGGUUCCUGCUGCAGCACGCGCAAAACACACAUGGGUUCCGCAUCUACCUGGAGAGCGAGCAUGGCAGCCCGCUUACACCGCACGUGGCCGUCACGCCAGGGCCGGGUGCUGACUGCCCCUCCCAAGGACCUGUGCAUAGCCUGCACCUGCCUGACGGCGGCCCUUUUGGCCUCAUGCGGCUGCCAGGCUCUGUGCCGGCGAGGGAUAGCGUGCCGCUGCGGGACGGCCGUUACCCACUGACACCUCCCCUUUUCAGCCCUCCUCCACGCCACCACCUGGACCCGCACCGCAUGGAGCACUUGAGCCCAGAGGACCUGGCGCUGGCCGCCCACCACCCGAGUGCCUUUGACAGGGUUCUGCGCCUCAACCCCUUGCCCCUGGACCCACCGGCCAUGGACUUCUCACGCCGGCUGCGGGAGCUGGCCGGCAACCCCUCAGGGUCCUCACCGCCCCUGUCGCCGAAGCGGCCCAGUCCUAUGCAACGGCUCCUGCAACCGUUCCAGGCGGGGGCCAAGCCCCCAUUCAUGGCCACACCCCCUCUGCCCACCACACAGUCCCCCUCAGGCUCCCAGUCCACACCCAACCACCAGCAGCAGACCACUCCCAUGAAGACCAAGUCCUGCGAGUUCUGCGGCAAGGCCUUCAAGUUCCAGAGCAACUUGAUCGUCCACCGGCGUAGCCACACGGGUGAAAAGCCCUACAAGUGCCACCUGUGCGAUCACGCCUGCACACAGGCCAGCAAGCUGAAGCGUCACAUGAAGACGCACCUGCACAAGUCCUCACCCAUGACCGUCAAGUCAGAUGAUGGCCUGUCCGCCACCAGCUCCCCGGAACCGGGCACCAGUGACUUGGUGGGCAGCGCCACCAAUGCCCUCAAGUCAGUGGUGGCCAAGUUCAAGAGUGAGAACAACUGCCUGAUCCCCGAGAAUGGUGAGAAUGAGGAGGAUGAGGAGGAGGAGGAAGAGGAGGAGGAGGAAGAGGAGGAAGAGGAGGAGGAAGAGGGCGAGGAGGAGGAGCUGGAGAGUGAGAGUGGACGUGGUGACUACCGCUUCGGCUUGAACCUGGAGGCAGCACGGCACCAUGAGAACAACGGUGGGCGGCUGGGUGCCAUCGAGGACAAUGGGCCUCGUUCGCUGCCUGAGGGCCUGCAGGACAUGCUGGCCGCCAGCAUGCAGCACUACAGUGAGGCACUGCGGCAGUGCAAGCGUAGUUCUCUCGGCAUCGACGGUGAGGUGCCACGGGACCUUUGCGACGACGACUCGACUCUGGACCGUGCCGAUGUGGGCUGCGGCGGCGCUGUCAAUGGCCGUGGCUCAUCGCCCAGUGAGUCGGCCUCCGUCGGCCUCUCCAAGAAGCUACUUCUGGGCAGCCCCAGCUCGCUGAGCCCCUUCUCCAAGCGCAUCAAGAUCGAGAAGGAGUUCGACCUCCCCACGCCGACCAUCCCCAACACGGACAAUGUCUACUCACAGUGGCUGGCCGGCUACGCUGCCUCCCGCCAGCUCAAGGACCCCUUCCUGAACUUUGGAGACUCCCGACAAUCGCCAUUCGCCUCAUCCUCAGAGCACUCCUCGGAGAACGGCAGCCUGCGCUUCUCCACGCCGCCCGGCGAGCUGGACGGGGGCCGCAGUGGCACAGGCAGCGGCGGCAGCACUCCGCACCUGGGCGGGCGACCCAGCUCCAAGGAUGGCCGGCGCAGUGACACCUGCGAGUUUUGCGGCAAGAUCUUCAAGAACUGCAGCAACCUGACAGUGCACCGGCGCAGCCACACGGGCGAGCGGCCAUACAAAUGCGAGCUGUGUAGCUACGCCUGCGCCCAGAGCAGCAAGCUCACCCGACACAUGAAGACGCACGGCCAGAUGGGCAAGGACGUGUACAAAUGUGAAAUCUGUCAGAUGCCUUUUAGCGUGUACAGCACUCUGGAGAAACACAUGAAAAAAUGGCACAGCGACCGCGUGUUGAACAGUGACAUUAAAACCGAGUAGAGCGACAUCCGGAACCUUCCUCCCUGUCCUCGGUCCCAGGUCCGCUUCCCCCGUUUCACCAGUCCUUCGGAGGCUAGGGGGUGACGUGCUAGGCACCAGCACACCUUGUUUCAUAUUUCUGUUGAAUGCAUGACCUGUAUCGGGGCAAUACGAUUGCAUCGACGCAAAUUUGAGCCUUUCUCUUGUGCAAUAAUUUACCUGUUGUGUACUUUUUCUUUUCUUUAUGUUUUUUUUUUUAUAUAUUUAGACAGCAUGUUUUGGCUACUUUUGAGACGUCGUCCUCGAUCGGUUAGUCGUUGAGUACAUGUGUUGCUGUUUCUAGUUUCUGUUUUGAGAGGAAUGAUUCAAGACCGCGCUGCAUACAUUCUGUGAUACAUAUCAUGUACAGCUCUGGUCACGGUGUGGAGGGCGGGUGGACGGAGGCGGAGUCUAACCCCCUGGACAGGCUCACAGUCGCAGUUAAACUGAUCUUUGUAAAAGGUUUCUGUCCAUGUUGGGUUAAAGUGUUCGAAUUGGGUUUAGUGCUAAACAGUGGCAGCCAUAAAUUUCAUACAGCGACAGAAGUCAUCUGAUUCAAUUUGUACUAUCAUUAGAUGAAAAAAAUAAAAAAGAGUGCCUUGGA